UUCCACUCGCGCCUCCGAUGUUUCAGUACGAGGACGAGAGAGUACCCCCAAAUCCUGCCAAUCUCUCUUCCUCUUUCCUCUUUUAUGGUUGCGGAUGUUUCCUACAGAAAAAAGCGAACUUUGCCUUCUCGCUCGUCUCGCGGUCGCAGGCCAUUUGAGAUGGCGCAAGCGAGAGCCGAUAUCUAAUCUGGGAAACCCAAUCCUUAAUGCUGCUAGGAUUUGGGGAGCUUGGAGUCUCUCUUUUCUCUGGAGUUUGAUCUGGCCCUUCAUAUCAUGGCUGCAACUCCCAACAAACAAAAAGGGGGCCCUUCCCAGUUUUUAGCAGCUCUCUCUUCUGCUUUCUCAGAAUGGAUAUUGAUUAUUCUAUUGCUAAUUGAUGCAUUUUUCUUAUACUUUGCAUCAAAGAUAUUUCGUUCUUGGAAAUUACAGACCCCCUGCUUGUUGUGCUCGAGGUUUGGCUAUCUAUUAGGCGAUGAGAAGUUGGGACUUUAUAGGGAUCUUGUUUGUGAUACCCAUAAGUUGGAGAUAUCAUCGCUUACCUUUUGUCAUAUUCACAAAAAGCUUGUUGAUGCACGUGAAAUAUGUGAAACUUGUCUUCUUUCAUUUGCUAAAAAGAAUUAUACUUUGGAAACAUAUAAAUUUUUCCUAAGCAAACUCAGCAUGGCCCUUGAUAAUGGAAAUCAGAUUUUCACUUCAUUCUCAGACAAGAUUGUGAAAGUUCCAUUACUGCACAAGGAUAAUGAUGCUGGUUCUCCACUCACAAGACCUUGCUCAUGCUGUUCUCAGCACUCAGGAAAUAAACCCUAUGCAUAUAGAGAAUCUAAGAACAAACCUAUUUUCAAUAAGUUUGAUUAUCAUGGCAGUCCAUUAUCUAGUGCAAAAUUGCGAGCUCGGGCACAUCUUGAAGACGGAUUGAACAAGGCAAAAGAAGUUCUUUCUGUACGAUUAGCAGAUUAUAAGCCAGGAGGUCAGAGUUUUGACCUUUUAUCUCACUUCAAAUAUAGAGAGUUGAAGAGUACAUCAGAGCCCGAGUCAGAAGUUCCAUUAUUGGAUGAUGAUGAUCGAACCUCUAUGCCGUGCAGAACCGAAGAUGUCAAGGAAAAAUAUUUUGAACGAAGUUUGAAGUCGUUUUCAUCUAUUACUAAUUCCCCAGAAACAUCUUUGAUUACAGACGAUAUAGUCCUAGAGAAGCUUAUUCAUCCUGAUCCUGUUAUAUCUGUUGGUUCUGCUUCAGUUUUGAAGAGUCAACAUGCUGAGGAUGGUUCUUGUGAUGAAUCUUUUCUUGAAUCCAAUGUUGACUACGAUCAUGGCUUGAAUGAAAUCAGCCGGACCCAUUUUGAAGGAAGACCAAUUCUGCCAACAUCAUCUCAAAUAGUAACCAAAUCAGUUCCUACUGGAAUCUCAAAAGUUAAAGAUCCUUCAGAAGAAGAUGUUUUAGGAACAUCUUGUACUUCACAUGUUGAGAUUAACGAGCCUACAGAAUUAACUGAGAUUGCCCUGACAAGGGAAUCUGCUAGAAUCCAUGAAGACCUGAAGCAGCGUCUGUCCCAAGUUCUCUCUCCUAGGUGGCUUCAAUCUCCUUGGAAUGAUAUCAUUCAUGGUGCCCGAAAGGAUAAUGAGUGCAAAUUAUCUCAUACUUUAAGCUUUAAUGGAUUGCCAAGUAUUAAUAAGAAGCCUGAGGCUGAGUUAUCAUGUUCAGAGUUUGCAGAUGGAAGUUUUGUUAGUGAAAUUGAACGAGAGGUUUCAGUUGAACGUUUAAAAAAACAGAUUAAAAUAGACCAGCAAUCCCUGAGUAUUCUAUACAAGGAACUAGAGGAGGAAAGAAAUGCUUCAGCUGUAGCAGCAAAUCAAGCUAUGGCCAUGAUCAAUAAGUUGCAGGAGGAAAAGGCAGCGAUGCAAUUGGAGAUAAUGCAAUACCUAAGGAUGAUGGAGGAACAAACUCAAUAUGAACAGGAAGCACUUCGAAAUCUAAAUGACCAACUCACAGAAAGGGAGAAGGAGAUACAGGAUCUUGAGACACAACUUCAAAGCUGUAGGAAGCUACCCGGGGAUGAAUCAAUGGCUGAAAAAGCUUUACAACCAUUAUUUGAUUCUGAGGAAAGUGAAUAUAGUACCACCAGUACACCUCAUGUCGUUAGAACUAGGAGAAGGAGCAAGCACCACUUGCCAAGUGUAAUGUUCGAAGAUUCGGCGUGGCCUCCAUCAAGCCCAAUAAAAGAGAAUUUGUUGGAUUUUGAAGAUGAGAGGGAGUAUAUCGCAGAAUGCUUGAAGAGGUUGGAGAAAAAUGUUCGUUUGUUCUCUUGUGCUGAUGCAUCUCGACUUGUUGAAGAGGAUGACGAGUUUGACGAUGAUAUUGAUGCAGAUAAUACCAAGUGGCCAAACCUUGAACUACAAGAAGGCGUAGCUGAAGAUGAAGGAAAUAAACAUAAUUUGUAUUCUCAGAAUAUAAUUGAAGGGAAUUCUGGGACUCCAGAAAUUAAUCAAAUGAAAGAAAUGAUUGCAUCUGAAAAGCAUCAAUCUCCACAUAUAAAAAGCCUUUCUACUGAAGAAAACUGCACCGUUGGAGAACAUGAAAACUAUAAUAGUCUAAACUCUUCUUGUACUAAGAAAAUGAAGCCAAAGACAGGUAGAAGAAAUGGCGGAAUAGCCCUGAGUGAUGAGAUUGAACACUUGAAUGCAAGGUUGGAGGCACUUGAAGCAGAUCGAGAUUUUCUGGAUCGUACUAUUAAUUCACUUAGAUCUGGAAAAGAUGGGCUACAAUUUGUUCAGGAAAUAGCUACUCACCUUCGAGAAUUAAGAAAAAUUGGGCUCACUCAAAGAAAGAGUCUAUUUUCUUAAAAUUGCUUUCCUUAAUCUUGAAGGUAAUCAAUAAGAUGGUGCCAAAGCAGUGCAUUUGUUUUAUCAGUAUUAUGUAAUCCAGCCAAAUAUGCAUGAAUGGAUGCUUACUUCCCUAUAUGAUAAUCUCGUUUCUUUGUUUUUGAUGUUUCAGUGGACUUUUGAAUUCUCUGGAAGUUUACAAUGUCAUUGGCAUCCAUAGCCUUCUCUUUA